AUGGAGAUGUUGAACGAGAAAUACUCCAACCCUAAUCACGACACUGACAGGUCUAGCUGCAAUGACAGCGAACAGGACCAUCUGCUGGAGACCGAGCUGGCAGACCACCCACCGCGACGUCGUGCAAUGCCAUUAGGAAAGUUGAAAUGUGUCCCAAAUAGCCACCGAGUUAUUCUGUGGCUCAACAUAAUCCUUUUCAUUGCGAACAUUUCAGGAAUGGCAUACUUGAUCAUCAAGCUCCCACGAGUAACUGAUACUGUCGCGAAAUGGAUGCAACCCCAAAUUAUUGCCCCAUCCCCGGCGUUGGAUGUAGUUGAGCAUUCACUUCAUCGUUUCACAGAUCCGGACCGGGAAGCCACUCCGUGGUCUGGUCCCCCGAGUGACGAGACAGAUCAAGCAUGGGAAGAGCUCAUCAACAACGGCCGAUCCUUCCCUAUUGACCCAGACAUGUUCCAAGCCCUCAAUGGACAUCCCGAGACAGGUGUGCGCAUACCCAACGACACACAGGGGCGGUUUGUCGGUAUUUUAGAGGUUACCCAUCAGCUGCAUUGUGUUGAUAUUAUGCGGAGAGGUGCCUGGUUUAACUUUGAGCAUUAUCGGGACAAGCAAUUCUUUGGUAACAAGUCAGACGACGCAAUUAUGUGGCAUAUGAGACACUGCUUUGAAGUCCUACGUCAGACGAUCCAAUGCCAUGGAGACACCUCCGUGUUAACCUAUAACUGGAUCAAGGGCUAUUCUGCACCCAAGUCCGCUUGGAAAUCACUUCACACUUGCCAAAACUGGGAGAGGCUUAUGGAAUGGAGAAAGCAAAAUGAUAUCACUCCAAAGCUCAAGUUCCUUGACCGACCUCUUUGGGUCAUGGAUCCGGAUGGUGUGGUUCCCGGAGCACAAGGCGCAGCGGAGGGAAAUACACAUGACGGGACGACGGCCGAUCAUGUUUGA